AUGGGUACGGUGUUGUCGCUGUCUCCCAGCUACCGAAAGGCAGCCCUGUUUGAGGACGGCCCAGCUACAGUGGGCCACUACACAGCAGUCCAGAACAGCAAGAAUGCCAAGGAUGCUGCCGCUGCCGCUGCAAAGUCACUCAAACGGCCUUCCAUCAUCAGUGCGUUACCAUGGAAACGAAUUGUGGCCGCAUCGGCAAAGAGGAAGGGCUCCAAGAAACUGCAGUCAGACGGCGGGGACGGGGGGAAAGGGAGCCCUCCGGACGGUCAAGCCACCGCCACGGCCAACUCAGCCUCCAACAGCCUGAAGCUGAAGAAGUCUCAGUCCUGUGCUAACCUUUCAUCUUACUCAUCCAGCCAGGACCCCUCAGCCACCACCACCACUACCUCCUCCCACCUGCCCACCUCCAAGACCCUGGUGAACGUAGCUACUGUCGCUGCCAAAAAGAAUUCCCUCACAGGCUCUGGGAUCCAGCCGUCCACUGCAGCAGGCACACCAAAACGUGUCAUUGUCCAGGCCUCCACCAGCGAACUGAUGCGCAGCCUGGGCGAGUUCCUGUGCCGUCGGUGUUAUCGCCUGAAGCGUCUAUCCCCAACAGAUCCAGUGCUGUGGUUGCGCAGCGUGGACCGCUCCCUCCUCCUACAGGGCUGGCAGGAUCAGGGCUUCAUCACUCCGGCCAACGUGGUCUUCCUCUACAUGCUGUGCCGUGAUGUGGUCUCAGCCGAGGUGGCCUCAGAGCGCGAGCUGCAGGCCUCGCUGCUCACCUGCCUCUACCUGUCCUACUCCUACAUGGGCAACGAGAUCUCCUACCCACUGAAGCCCUUCCUGGUCGAGGCGGAGAAGGAAGCCUUCUGGGACCGCUGCCUGGAGAUCAUCAACCGCAUGAGCGGCAAGAUGCUCCAGAUCAACACCGACCCGCACUUCUUUACCCAGGUGUUUGCUGACCUGAAGAACGAGAGCAAGAAAGAAGAGGAGAAGACCAAACUCCUCAUAGGCCUUGAUCGAUAA